CCCCCAUUGUUGAUUCAUUAACAAGAAAGAAAGAAAGCGAGACGGGAGAGAAAUGCUUUAUGUCACAUCGCUCAACUUUAACGCGACUUCUCAGAUAUUGCGAUUUAUAUGCGAUCUCGGUUCAUCAUUCUGUUCUUCCUUCUUCUGAUGGGUGAAGUUAUACGGAAAACCUGUUAAGACGGGAAUUCCACAGGAUUUCUACUGCACUAAGGACCGCUCUUAUUGUAAACAUGUACAUGUAUGGUUUAUUGAAGAGUCGCACUAAUAUGAGCGAUAUUAUGAGAUCGGAGUAUCAGGGCUGUGUGGACGGGACUCUGAUGGACGGAUUCAGUGUUUUGAUUCAGGGUCUGCUGGCUCUUCUCGCUUUCAGCACUUUAAUGUUGAAGAGGUAUCGUGAGCCUGUCGGAAUCAGAAGACCUUGGAGAAUCUGGUUCUUUGAUACAUCUAAGCAGGCCAUUGGUUCUCUCUUCAUGCAUUUUGCCAAUGUAUUCCUCUCCACGCUCACCAAUGAAGACCCUUGCUCUCUGUAUCUGUUGAACUUCCUGUUGGAUGCCACACUGGGAAUGCUGGUGAUCUGGGUGGGGGUGAAGGUUGUUUCUAAGAUAGUGGAGUACAAACAAGUAACACUGCUGAUGUUUGGAGAAUACGGUGACCCUCCUUGUGUGGUGGCGUGGCUGGCACAGUGUUUGGUAUAUUUACUCAUCGUUGCUGUGGAGAAAAGUGUGGUGACUGUGGUGCUGCUCAUACCUGGGUGGACCAAUCUGGAGGCUGUAGUGUUGGACUACAUCCCAAACCCACAGCUGGAGUUAACCAUUGUCAUGCUGAUCGUGCCUUUCAUAGUCAAUUCUAUAAUGUUCUGGGUGGUGGACAGUUUAACGAUGAGGAAGUAUAAGAAGAUGACAUCACUGGAGGGGUCACGUGACUAUGCAGAGCAAGUGGAGGUGUUGCCAGAUGUGUGCAGUGAUGAAGCUGAGGUGCUAUUAAAGGCAGAUGAAGAUGAGGCUACAGUGUGUUGUGAAGAGGAAGAGUACAUCGCAACAGAAGCUGCAUUAAUACGAGUCUGCAUGGAAGUUUAAAACACACUCAUACAAAUAUUCUUAUAAGAAUGUCUUACUGUGUCUUUGUUUACGGUGUACAUAAAGCGGACUGAAAAUCUGUAUAGCACUCGCAGUGCUGGGUUUUUGUUUUUGCUAUCAAGACUACAAACAACAGAACGUAUUUGAGUUGGAAGUGCCAAAAAAAGUUGUUGCUGCUUGAACAAAGCCUUAGAGAUCUGAAACGUGUGUGUGUGUGUGUGUGUGUGUGUGUGUGUGUGUGUGUGUGUGUGUGUGUGUGUGUGUGUGUGUGAAAGCAUAUUUUAAACUUAAAUUUUUAUAUUGAAAAAAGUUCAUACUGUACAUGUUAUUUUUCAACUAUUAAAUA